AAAUGUUUCACUUCUCAGCAGUUUACCAUGCAAAACUGAUGAAGAGCAUCCGUUCUAUGGGCUAUUAAUAAACUUUAUCAUUGCUAGUUCCAUAAGUGUGAUAUAUUCUGACGUUCACUUCACUUCACUAUUUCUAGUGUGAAUACACCACUUUAAUGGUGACAGUGUAUUCCGUUCCGUUCUGUGUUAAUCGACCUCUAAGAUAUGUCAUGAUUUUUUUUUCUACGUAGCAAAUGACAACAAUAACAGUGGGCGAAACUGAUCGUUGGUUUUUUGUCAAUAUUACAUCACAGAUAAGACAAAUCGAGUGGAACCUGCUUAAAAGAAAACCAUGACCAACCAGUCAGAUAGUUAGAAAUGAAAGCGCCUAACAUUAAUAGUUACUAACAAAAUUAUAUGUGCAAUGGCAGAACGCUUGGACAGUGAUAUGUGUGGACAGUUGGCCGAGAAUGUUGAAAUAUUAACCCACAGUGGUCAGAAAACAUUGGACGAAUCAAAGCUUAAGAAAAUUAAACAGAUAUGCAAGUUAUCAAAUGGCUAUGUGAAACAUACAUACCAUUUACUGUUGUGCCAGCUUGAGAAGCAGCAUUCAGAGGUUCGGUUUAGUGCAUUCCAAAUUUGUGAUGUACUUUUCAGGAGGUCUCACUGCUUUCGGGAACUGCUUGUGUCAGAAAUGCAGCGUGUCUUGGAGCUUGCUGCUGAAACAAAUCCUGACAAGCCUUUGCCAAUGCCAAAAACUGUAGCCAAAGAUUUAAAGCUUUUUGCAUUGAGAACAAUCCAACAAUGGAAUAAGGAAUUUGGGAGUGGUUACAAGAAGUUGCAGCUUGGAUUCAAUUUCUUAAAAAAUUGUAAGAAGGUUGAUUUUGAUACAUUGGAGGCUCAAAGCAAUGCAGAAAGGUUGCGGCAGGAAGAAGAAGAACGCCGAAAAAAUGUUCAAAGUAACAAAAAACUGAAAGCUGUUGCUCAGGAAUACUCUGAUAUGAAGACUGAUAUCUCUGAUACAAUAACAGCUUUAGACAACUGCAUAUCAUUGAUUUUACCUGAACCAGAAAAUUUUUUUAUAAAUGAAGACAAGGAAACCGAUUCUAGCUUUGCAUUGGCACCACAAGAAAGCGUCAAGAACAGUGAUUUGAAGAAACCAAUCUUAGACAAAAACAUCAUGCCACAAAACUAUACAGAUGAGGAAGGUUGCUAUAACAAUGAACACAGAGCUCAUGGUCUACUUAGUGGAAACUACAAAAUAGAAGUUGAAUUAAAACCAGAUAUUGUAAUCAAUGAAACUCCAGAGAAUGCAGCAAUUUUUGAGAAUGCAAAAGGAUUCUGGCAGCUUAUUAAUAACAGAUACUUGCCUGCUGUUAAAAAUUGGAUAAAAGUCAUCACCAAAUACUCAGGAAGUACUCAGCAGUUAAAGGAAAUUAUAGAUCUUAAGCAGCAUUUAGAAGCUGUACUUAAUAAAUGGUCAGAACUUAAAACAAAUUUGAAAUCUUUGAGUGAUACUGAUGAAAGUGAUUCUGAUCUUGAAGAAGUUGAAGAGAAAGAAGGUUAUGAAGAAACAGUAAAGGAUCAGACACUAAGUGAAUUAAAUUUCGAAUUAAAAAAUGAUGUAAAAAGUACUGUUACAAUAUCUAAAAGGAAGGCUGGAGACUGGAAUAUAUUACAAGAGGACUAUGAGGAGGAUCCUACCACAGCAAAAUCAACCCUAGUUACAUUAAAUAAGGCCACUGGAAAUACCGUGCUGGCUGGCAAGCCUCAAGCAAAUAAGAAGAAGAAAAGUGGCACUGUUCAAGAUGCUAAACCUUGCACUUCAACAUCAAAAGAUAAUGCACAGUCUGUAACUUCACAUGACGUUACACAACCAUCAACAUCGGGUGGUGCCACAGAAAGCCAGUCUCGGAAGCAGCGGCUGUUAGAAGUUGCUCCUAAGCUUCCUUUUGAUGUUGACUUGUAUCACUGGGAGGAUGAGAAUGUUGCAGUACCAACCAUGUUCUGUGUGAAACCAGAUGGAGCAAGAUUUUGGUCAGCAACUUCAACUGAUGAACUCGAAGAGAUACCAGUGCCAGAUGGUGCUGCCACCUUACGUACACGUGUAAUAGAGUUCACAGGAAAGUAUGAACCUGUGAAAUGGGCUUGCAGAGCACCCCUUCCCAGUGGAAAGCUCUGUCCAAGAAGAGAUAGAUACAAGUGUCCAUUCCAUGGACCAAUAGUGCCUCGGGAUGAAAAGGGUCAGCGCACAGAUGGUCAGCCUGAUGAAAAAUCAGAAGCUAAUACUGAUGACACCAAUAAGAAUGUUCCUGAUUGGCAAGACCCGCAGCUUCUUGAAGACAUUAAGGAGGCAACAGGGAUUGAUCUUAAAAUGCCAGAGAAGCGAAGAAAACAGAGCAUGAAAAAAGAAAGGAAAAAGAAAUUUCCUGGCCUAACUGAUAUAAGUGAAAAACGCAAGUCUUCAUAUGAGCGCCUUUCAAGAAAGAUUUUUAAGAAGUCUUCAAUGAAGAAAGUCGCGAAGGCCUUGGAUCAGCUGGAUCAUAAACGUUUUCGUGACAAAUAUGGUGAUCAGUUUCAUUACAUGUAUGGCACUGCCUGAAAAAAGAUGGCAUAUUAUUGAAGAAAAUAAAUAGUUUUAGAACUUCAGAUUGUAUUUAAUUUUAGUAUUUGUAUUUUUGUAUGUUUAAAGCACAGCUUGGAUGUACAUGUUUAAAUUAAAGCACGGCUUGGAUGUACCACUAUCUAUA